AUGGGCGAGAUUGACCCCAUCAAGGACCUCGGCGACCUCGACGGCGAUCUCGUCACCGCCACCGAGGAGCGCGACCUCAAGCGCGGGCUCAAGGAGCGGCAUCUGUCCAUGCUGGGCAUUGCGGGAGCCAUCGGCACGGGACUGUUUCUUGGUCUCGGCAGCGCCGUGCAGACGGGCGGACCGCUGGGAGCGCUGCUGGGAUACGGAACCGUGGGGAUGGUUGUGAGUGCGGUGCAGUUUGCGCUGGGAGAGGUGUCGGCUCUGUUGCCGGUGACGGGAUCGUUCGUGAGGCACGCCGAGGUGCUGGUUGAUCCGGCGCUGGGCUUUGCCGUGGGCUGGAACUUGGUGUACGGCAACCUGCUGUCGAUUCCGAGCGAGAUUACGGCCAUUUGCGUCUUGUUCGAGUACUGGCUUCCGGACUUGAACCCGAGCGUGUGGAUCAUUGUCUUCAUCAUCUUGACUGCCGCCGUGGGCCUUUCGGGCGUGCGAUGGUUCGGCGAGAUCGAGGCCUUCUUCGCGACGCUCAAGAUCCUCAUGGUCAUCUUCCUCAUCAUCUUCGGCCUCGUCAUCGACCUGGGCGGCAUCCCGGGCGUCAAGCCGACGUACUUUCGCUUCUGGAAGAACCCAGGCCCUUUUGUCGAGUACAUUGCGACGGGCAACUGGGGAAAGUUCCUGGGCUACUGGAGCGUCAUGACGGGCGCCGUCUUCUCCUUUGCCGGCGUCGAGUCGCUGGCCAUGGCGGGUGCUGAGACGGCUAACCCGCGCAAGGCGAUUCCCAGGGCCUGCCGCAACGUCUUCAUCCGCAUCCUGCUCUUCUACAUGCUGGCCAUUCUCAUCGUCGGCAUGAUUGUCAGCUCCGACGACGAGCGGCUCAGCGACUACUCUGGCACCGCCGCGCAGAGCCCCUUUGUCAUUGCCGUCUCGGCCGCCGGAUAUCCCGCCGUGCCCUCGGUCAUCAACGCCAUCGUCAUCACGUCAGCGUGGUCGUCCUCGAACCAGGCCCUGCUCUCGGGCACCCGUGUCCUGUAUGGUCUGGCGCUCAAGAGACAGGCGCCCAGAAUCUUUUUGCGGACGACGUCGUGGGGCGUGCCGUACGUGGCCGUGAGCCUGUUCAUCGUCUUUUCGUUCCUGGCCUUUAUGACACUGAGCAGCGGCGCGCUGACUGCCUUUUUCUGGUUGAUGGAUUUGGUCGGUGCUGGUGUGUUGGUGAGCUGGAUCUGCAUCGUGCUCAACCACGUGCGGUUGAGGAUGGCGCUCAAGGUGCAGGGCAUUCCGUAUACGCGGCUGCCGUGGCACAACAGCUGGACCUUGUACAGCUCGUCUGCGGCACUCUUCAUGUGCAGCAUCAUCCUGCUCACCAACGGCUUCGUCGUCUUUACCAAGGGCAACUGGAGCCCCAGCGGCUUUGUCUCUGCCUACUUGGACAUUCCGCUUGUGCUGGCAGCAUAUCUGAUAUAUAAGUUUGUCAAAAAGACAAAGGUGGUCGCGCUAAAGGAGAUUCCGCUAGAAGAAGCCUUGAUGCAGGCCGAACUGAAGGAUCCAUUGCUCAAGUCGCCAUGA